CACUAAAAACUAAAAUAUGUGGUAAUUGUCUAGCAGCUUUAACAUCAACUGCUACUAGAAUAGCAGAACUUAUGGAAGCUUAUACUAAAGAAUCAGAAUUAACUUCUAAUAGAAAAUCAUAUAUCAUAGGUUGA